UGCUUUUGUAUCAGUGUAUGGUAUAAAUCAUUUGGAAUCAAACUCAUUACUUUGGCUUAGCUAUUUGGCUUCUGCCAGGAGUCACCGCAUGAAUUAGCUUUGAAGAAGUAACAAAUGGCCUAUUAUAAAGAAAAAUAUAUAUUUACCAAUCAAAGUGUUUUGAAGGUAAUAUAACUUAGGGUUUUCAGUCUGUCAUGUCCAGUUUCUCACUGUGUUUGUGGAAGGAAUGCAUUUACGUUUGCUGCUCUGGGUCCCGCUGAUUCCCACCUCAACAGAAAGAAGUGUCACAUUUCAGCAUCUGGUUUUCAUAGCCAAUACAGGAUGUUUUCGAAGUGCAAUAAAGUAACAGCACUUUAGAAUGAAACAGGAUUGGUCUGGACACUUUUUGUUGAGGUCAGAACAAAAAACUCUUUUUUUAAUUGAAGCAAAGAGGCAGUCCAGCCCACAAGAAAACACUGGAGAAAAGGCCAUCUCAUUGGAAGGUGCACAUCCUUACACUUUCACAUGUGGGACCGCUGCAUACACCAAAAUGAUCUGGAUCACUUUAUUUCUGCAUCUUCUUGCAUCAUCAGCUGUGAAUACCUGCAGUACUCAUCGCAAUGAUCCUGCUAUAUUGACUAGGGAGUCUGAGGAUGUCUCUCUCCAAGGCCAAAAAGAGCAUUAUCACAGAGACGCAGGCAAAGACAUGUGUAGUAUGCCAUGUGAAAUGACUGCAAAGCUAAUGCGUGAUGAGAAACAUUCCUUGUGCAGUAACCUCCAGCAUACCAUAGUGUCAUAUACAAGAAACACUAGGAAGUUGAUCAGUGAUCUCAUUGAUGAACAGCAGAAAGUUUUGGAAUUUCUCUCAAGUCAGAUAAUCGAGCUCAUGGCCAAAGUAAACACACUCAGUUCAGAUGUGCAGAGAAGCAACAGUGACAUCUUUUCCGUGAAGCCCAUGGAGUCCCACGGGAAAGACUGUAGUGACAUCCAAGAGACACUAGGUGUUGUGUCUCCAAAAAUCCCUAGCGGAAUUUAUAUAAUUCAGCCAGAAAACACAGAUGUUUCCUUUGAGGUGUUCUGUGAGAUGGAUUACAUGGAGGGCGGAUGGACAGUAAUACAGAGACGGACGGAUGGUCUCACUGACUUCAAACGAAUGUGGUCACAGUACUUGGAUGGAUUUGGACACUUACCGGGUGAACACUGGUUGGGUUUGAGAAAAAUCUUCAAUAUUGUGAAUCAGAGAAACACACGUUUCCAGCUGCACGUGUCUCUGGUCUCACAAGAUGACACCACCGCCUAUGCUUCAUAUGACAAUUUCUGGCUUGAAGACGAAACUAAAUUCUUUGCAAUACACCUUGGCAGAUAUGCUGGUAGUGCAGGUGAUGCUUUUCGAGGGUAUGACCAAGAGCAGAAUCAAGACAUGGUCCCUUUCAGUACCUCUGACGUUGACAAUGACGGUUGUUCUCCAUUCUGCAAUUUUGCUGAUAAAGCUGUUGAGAGCUGCAGUGUGAACCAAAACAACACAGGAUGGUGGUUUAACCGGUGUGGCAAGGCAAAUUUGAAUGGCUCACCAUUGGACCAAGAUCUCUCCAACCAGUCACAUAUCCACUGGGACACCUGGACCAAAAAUGGCACGCUUGUCAAAAUCAAAUCAGUGACUAUGAAGAUCAGAAGAGUUGAGAUCUCGAAUUCAAAAUAAAUCCCUGAAGUUUCUGAAGAUUUUGUAUUAAAAUGGAAAAACGUAUCAUUUGGAAUCACUAAAAACUUGCACUUCUGCCCUGUGAGCUUCUCUAACAAAGCAAAUUGUAGGAAUAAACCUUUUGGCAUUUAGUCCACCAUGUUUUUUAAAUCCUGGGUCACAGCCCAAAAUAUUCAUACUAAUUUUUCAUUGUUAUGACUAAUGGGAAUUGUGUCAUUACUGCUGGUAAUACACUGGUAAUUCCCAGGAGCACAUUUCCUCAAUUGACUGUUUGUAUGAGAUUUUACUCAAAUCAAAGCCUGUUUCUGCCACUUUCUGAAAAAAAAAAAUAAAAAAGGUAA